GGAGGAAGGAGCCUGGAAUGAUCGCGACGUUGACGAUCUUCCUCUGUUCUUUGAACGAACAACUGUUCUCCAACAUCGUCGGAACUCGCCCGCCGCAGAUCCAUCCGGAGCGCCCGCUCGGGGAAGAGAUGGGGACCUCGACGACGCUGCUCGACAGGUUCUCCCGCGCCUUCCACGACCACCCCUCCCUCGCCAAGCUCGUCGUCCUCUUCACCGUCAGUGGAGGAGGGCUUGUGGCAUAUGCAGAGGCAAACUCAGGUGCACAAGCAAUUGUGCCAGUAGAAGCAGAGAGCAAAAAGAAGAGGGUGGUGGUACUUGGAACUGGCUGGGCUGGAACAUCUUUUUUAAGGAAUAUUAAGAACUCCUCCUAUGAUGUCCAGAUUGUGUCACCUCGUAAUUACUUUGCAUUUACCCCUCUGUUGCCGAGCGUUACUUGUGGUACAGUGGAAGCUCGUAGCAUUGUUGAACCAAUUCGGAACAUUGUUCGGAAGAAAAAUAUGGACAUUCGUUUCUGGGAAGCCGAGUGUGUCAAGAUUGAUGCAGAAAAUAAAAAGGUCUACUGUCGAACUAGUAACGGGACCAAUUUGAAUGGAAAAGAGGAAUUCGUUGUUGACUAUGACUAUCUCGUUAUAGCCAUUGGUGCCCGGUCCAACACAUUUAAUAUUCCUGGGGUUGAGGAGAACUGCAAGUUCUUGAAGGAAGUAGAGGAUGCUCAAGAAAUUCGAAGAAGUGUCAUCGACUGUUUUGAAAGAGCAAGCCUACCAAACUUAAGUGAUGAGGAAAGAAAAAGAAUUCUUCAUUUUGUUGUUGUUGGCGGUGGCCCAACAGGUGUGGAGUUUGCUGCAGAGCUUUAUGACUUUGUGAAUGAGGAUUUAGUGAAAUUGUAUCCACGGGUGAAGGAGUUAGUGAACAUAACACUUCUGGAGGCAGCUGAUCAUAUCUUGAACAUGUUUGACAAAAGAAUCACCAAUUUUGCUGAGACCAAAUUCCGAAGAGACGGAAUUAAUCUAAAAACUGGGUCAAUGGUUGUGAAAGUAACUGAUAAAGAAAUUUCUACCAAAGAGAAGACUGGGGAAACAUCUUCUAUUCCCUAUGGUAUGGCUGUCUGGUCAACUGGUAUUGGGCAGCGGCCUGUAGUAAGAGAUUUCAUGAAGCAAGUUGGUCAGGCUAGUAGACGCGCUCUGGCAACUGAUGAAUGGCUUCGUGUCGAGGGAUGUGAUAGUAUAUAUGCACUUGGUGAUUGUGCCACAAUUAAUCAGCGAAAAGUCAUGGAAGAUAUUGCGGCUAUAUUUAGUAAGGCAGAUAAGGACAAUUCGGGGACACUGACUGCAAAAGAAGCUCGUGAGGUCAUUGCUGACAUCUGUGAAAGAUACCCUCAGGUGGAGCUGUACCUGAAGAAUAAGAAAUUGGGAGACAUUGUUGAUCUGUUGAAGGAAUCGAAGGGGGAUGUCGAGGAGGAAUCAAUCGAAUUAGAUAUUGCAGAAUUUACCUCGGCUCUUUCCCAGGUGGAUUCUCAGAUGAAAAAUCUUCCGGCAACAGCGCAGGUUGCAGCACAGCAAGGUGCCUAUCUAGCUGAUUGUUUUACCCGGAUGGAGGAGUGUGAGAAAAAUCCUGAAGGUCCUCUCCGGUUCAGAGGAGAGGGCCGCCAUCGGUUCCGUCCUUUUAGGUACAAGCAUUUAGGACAAUUUGCUCCUCUGGGAGGAGAACAGACAGCAGCACAACUUCCUGGUGAUUGGGUCUCAAUCGGUCAAAGUAGUCAAUGGCUCUGGUAUUCUGUCUAUGCGAGCAAGCAAGUCAGCUGGCGCACGAGGAUGUUGGUGAUAUCAGAUUGGACGAGGCGUUUCGUUUUCGGGAGGGACUCGAGCCGUAUCUGAAGCUACAUAAGUUUAUGCUGGACUUCUUUUCCUCACGACUACGGCGUAUGGGCUAGUGAUUCGAUUUCAAAGUUUUGAGAGCCUCCUUUAAGAGUUUUGCUUGUAAUAAUUCAAUUCACAGUCCCAUUGAUUUAUUCAUGAUAGGUAGCCAACUAAGCAUAUAGCUACCAAAAAUAAACUUAACUGCUUGAAGCAGCAAAAUAUUAUAUUGGGGAGACAUCCUUUCAUUUGGAUGGUGAACGUUAGUAAAAGUUUCUGCUUGAGAUUGGACCGCCUA